CAAACAACAUUGUUAGUGCAAUGCGAAUCGCAAACACUUGAGCUUCCUUAAUCCUUGUGCUUGAUAAAACCCAGUGAUCUGAAUACAUUACAUCGAUCUAGCUACAACAACUUCCCUCGACCCCUUUCAUUCUUUUCUCAUCAUCUGCUGCACUUGAUUUUUCAAUCAUGGCUGCAAAACUUGAAGGUGGGGCUUAUCUCUCUUCUUUUGUUGAUGCUGUUUUGGAGAAGCUGUCUCCAAUACUUGAAGAUGAUGACUUUGUUCUCGAAGAAAAGGACUCUGCCCUGGAGUUGCUUGGAAGGUUGGAGAGAAGUCUAUAUGAUGUUGGAUCAGUGCUUGAUGAUGCUGAGCUGAAGCAGUUCAGUGACAAGAAAGUGAAGAAGUGGCUCGUUGAUCUCCAAGAUGCUUUGUAUAAGGCUGAUGACUUGCUGGAUGAACUCUCCACUAAAUCCGCCACUGCCACUCAAAGAGAUCCAGGUAACUCUUCUCCCUGGUCUCACUAUGUUGAUUCAUGUAUUGAAGAUAGUGCCAUCAAUGUCAUGGAAAAAACAGUUACCACACUAGAGUCUGUGGUAAGACGAAAAGGUUAUCUUCGUCUUCUUCCGAAGGAGAGUGCCAAGAUGGACAUCUCGUCAUGGAGAAUUCCAUCCACAUCUCUUGUUGUAAGUUCUGACAUAUUUGGUCGGGACAAAGAUAAGGAGAACAUAAUCAAAUUGCUGUUAGAUGAUACCUGCGAUGUUGAGUCACCUUUGACUGUGAUCCCCAUCGUUGGUAUGGGCGGAAUAGGCAAAACUACUUUGGCUCAACUGGUUUACAGUGAUGCCAAAGUCGUGGGAAAAUUUGACACUAGAGCAUGGGUGUGUGUUGCUGAAAAUCCUGACCCUGUUAAUGUUACAAAGACAAUAAUAGGGGCAAUAGAUUCUUGUCCGGGUAACAUGGAAAAGUUUGAUUCACUUCGGAAUAAUUUGAAGGAAACGGAUAAUUUUGAUUCACUUCAGACUAAUUUGAAAGAAAAGUUGACAGGAAAGACAUUCUUAGUUGUCUUAGAUGAUGUCUGGCAUGAUCGACGUGACAUGUGGGAGGAUUUUUUAAAACCUUUUCGUUUUGGGGAUAAUGGAAGUAAGAUUCUUCUAACAACCCGUAAUGAAAAUGUUGCUUCUGUGUUCACGGCUAGUAAUUUACAUUAUCGACUUAGUUUAUUGUUGAUUGAAGAUUGUUGGUCGAUGUUUUUGAAGCAUUCAUCUAUUUCUACUAAUUCUAAACAAUAUGCAACUCUAGAACAAAUUGGUAGAAAAAUUGUUGAAAAAUGUAAGGGGUUACCUUUGGCUGUGAAGACACUUGGGGGUUUAUUGCGUAAUAAGUUAAAUAAAGGAGAUUGGGAAAAUAUACUUGAAAGUGAAAUGUGGGAACUCUCGGAAGAUGACAGUAAGAUUACUCCUGCAUUAAGAGUUAGUUAUCACUAUCUUCCUUCCUAUUUGAAGCGGUGUUUUGUUUAUUGCUCAUUAUAUCCUGAGGAUUAUGAAUUUGACAAAGACGAAUUAAUUUUGCUAUGGAUUGCUGAAGAUCUUUUACAACCAAAGGAAAACAACACAUUAGAAAAAAUUGGUUGUGCAUAUUUUGAUGAAUUAGUUGCAAGAUCAUUCUUUCAACCUUCUAGUGCUAGUAGAAAGUUAUUUGUAAUGCAUGAUCUCAUGCAUGAUCUAGCAAAGUUUUUUGCUGGAAAAUUCUAUUUCAAUCUCAAAGAAUUUGGCAAUCGGCACAUGAUAGAUAGCAAAAUUCGACAUUUGUCAUAUUCCACAACAUAUGAGGAUAACUUCAAGUUAUUUCGUGAGGACUUUAAUGGAACAACACACAUGAGAACAUUUUUAAAUUUUCCUUUGUUUCGCUUUCAAGCAUCAAUUACUAUGGAAAGCGAGUUUUGGCUCUUGGGACAACAAUCGGAGUGUUUAAGAGUUUUGUCAUUUAAAUACAUUUUUCUAAAAUCAUUACCUGAUUCGGUAGGUGAAUUGAUUUAUUUGCGUUAUUUGAAUUUAUCUUUCACACUUAUCGAGACAUUGUCCGAGUCAAUAAGUAAAUUAUACAAUCUCCAAACUUUGAAGUUGAGAAAAUGUUUAAGGCUAAAGAUGCUUCCGAGCUGCAUGCAAGAUCUUGUGAACCUUUGCCACCUUGAUAUUCGAGGUGCUUCUCGUCUGAAAGAGAUGCCGAAGGGAAUGAGCAAGUUAAAGAAUCUAAACUUCUUAAGUGAUUAUAUCGUCAGUGAGCAAGAAGAGAAUGGGAUGCGAGAAUUGGGAACAUUGGACAAUCUUCAUGGCUCAUUUUGCAUUUCCAAGUUGGAGAAAGUCAAGAAUAGUGGUGAAGCUUUGGAGGCAAAGAUGGGUAACAAAAAGCACAUCAACACUUUAAAACUGAAAUGGGUUCCAGAUGGUGACAUUGAUGAUAUUGGAAUCGAAAGAGAUAUACUUGACAAGUUGCAACCUCAUGAAAACUUGAAUAAGUUAUCAAUUAAGGGUUAUCCGGGUGAAGGACUCCCAGAUUGUUAUGCUCUUUACAGCAUUUGGAGUUUUCUGAUCUUGAUGGGUUGGAGAAGAUUGAUUUAG